AUGCGCGGCCCGGGGCUCCCGCCGCUGGGGCUCCCGCCGCUGGGGCCGCCGCUGGGGCUGCUGCUGGCGCUGCUGCUGGUGCUGGGGGCGGCGCGGCCCGGGGGCACGGAGCCCGGGCAGGCGGCCGCGGGGCGCUCGCUGCUGCGGCUCGUCGUGGAGAUCCUGCAGGAGCUCAGGAAGGCGCACGCGGGAGAGGCCAAGCGGCUGCACGGCCCGGGCCUGGGCCGCCGGGAGCUGUCGGAGUCGGACGGCGCGGGGCGCUCCCUCCCCGAGGAGCAGAGGGUCGAAAUUGUUCCUCGAGAUCUGAGGAUGAAGGACAAGUUUCUAAAGCACCUUACAGGCCCCCUUUAUUUCAGUCCCAAGUGCAGCAAACACUUCCACAGGCUGUACCACAACACCAGGGACUGCACCGUCCCCGCAUACUACAAGCGAUGCGCCCGGCUCCUGACCCGGCUGGCUGUCAGCCCCGCGUGCGUGGACGGAUGAGCGGUGAGCAGAACACAGGACCCCGAGCCCACGACCCACGAGAAGUGCCUUGAGGACCAACGGGAACGGAGCCUGCCGCCCGCGUGCACACGUCGCCUCCACAAGAGAUUUAUUUUUGCAGACAGACUCUCCUUUACCCUGAGUUUUGUGGCUGCUGACCCUGUUGGCAGACAGUCCGUGAGCACAUCGGAGGGCGAUGCUUGCCGGGCGUGAUUUUGGGGGAAGAAGCAGACGCUCCACACUUGAGGCGUAGUGCGCUGGAAAAUGACAAAGCUACUUCAUUUUCCUGAUUAGGUGAAAUCUCAAAGAGUAUUUCUUUAGAAACAUAGAGUCUGAAACUAUAUUUUCAUAUAGCAUAUGGUAUGAUUUAAUAUUUUUGUUACUUUUACAAUCAAAUUCCCAGAGUAUUAUUUGGAACUGCAUGAAUAAACAAACAAACAAAAAAAAACCCCACAAAAUAACCACCUUGUCAUGGUUUAGAGGCAGUGGAGUGUGAGUCUGUGAGUGUAUCCGGGCUGACGUCGCUCGUCCCUUGUAUGAUAAGUGUAAGAUAGCAUCCGGAUGCUGUGCAAUAUGUAAAUGCUGUACAUAAAACAAGUAAUAAAUGUUUGUUAUAAUGA